AUGGCUGAGAUUAUCAGACCUGCACUUGGCCAGAACGUUGCUAUUGGCACACUCUACGAUGCAAGAUUUGACCAAUUCCUUCCGUCUUCUAUUUUGCCGCCAAAUCCAUCACAAGGAACCGUCUUGCGAAGUCCUUGUCUGCCCUCUCAUCAGUGCCAGAGUGGAAUACAUCAAGGCUCCGGUCAUGCGAGUCGGUUCAGCGCGAUGCGCAUCGAUGGCAACCUUGCAGCAAGCAUUCUAUCGGGUUUAAUCGACCUCAAAGGAUCUGCCAACUUCCUGAAAGACAGCACAUUAGAUGGCGAUAUACUCUAUGGUGUUAACCGGAGUUUCUUUAACACCUAUGAAGAUGUCCUAAAUCUCCACCAGAGUGUGUAUAGAAGCGGAGUGGCCUCUGGAAUCUUCCACCCGGCCGAUCGUCGCAGUACCCAUGUGGUCACCGGCAUUCGGUGGGGGCUACAAAGCAUCAUGACAAUGAAGCAUCGCAUAGACGAUGCAGGUCAACGAGCGACCCUAGAAGUUGCUUUUCAGAAAGACUUGGCGGAACUGGACGACAUUGCCAGGUGCAUUUACUCCGUCGACUGCGGAGACGAUUCACUAAGUCAUCGACUUGAACUCGACUAUGAGUUCAUGCUCUAUACAGAUAUCCAACGUGAUUAUGGCAUUUGCACAGAGACACUGCCUGUGAUGUGCAGGUUUGUGCAAACAGGUCCGCAGCAGAUUACACACACUUUUGACGGCGCAGGGUACCCGAUAGAGUAUACUUUACUUCCCAUGCACAUACUCCGUCAUCCCAUGCCUGGCGGGGGGUUUGUUCCCAGCCCUCAACGUCCCCUGAGAGCUGUCACCAAUGUCGAUCCUUUAUUUGUUCUUUUUGAUGAUUGGAACUCUUGUAAGGAGAAACUCGAGGAGUACAGACACUCAUUGGUGGGUCGGGAACAAUAUCUUGCAAGAGACCACAUCGAAGAAGUCGAUGCAGCCAUUAUUAGGCUUGAAACAUUCCGGAAAGACGUCCAGAUAACUCUACAAAGGAUUAUUCUAGGCAUCAGAGAUGACACAGAGCAUGAACAUCGUCUCGAUUACCUACUUGCGGAUCACGGAUCAUCUGCCCGGCAGAUCUCUAUGAUCGCUGGUCAGCAAAGCGACAAGCUCAGAUUCAUCGAGCAAUGUCUCAACAGUGGAGCGACAUAUAUCGGUUUCAACGGCGCUUGCAUCAACGAACGCACUCUGUCUCACAAUCCUCCUCCAUAUCAUUUUCUUUUCAAUAAUGCCGUGCUCAAGAGCUCAAGUUCAUGGAAUGAUCAAUGCACAGCUCUGAGGGAGUUCCUUCACAACCCCCUAAACCACAACCAGGUGUUUAUAGUCGACUGCGAUGCCCCCUCUGAGUACAGAGAGUUGGAAGCCCCAGUCUUUGGGCCAAUACGAACAAUGCCGAGGCCAGUGAUUGAAGUUUCGGAGUAUCGGGAGAGGUCAGCAGAACGCAGACCUCCUACCAGACAGGCAGAGCACCGGGAGCAGUCACAGAGGUGUGUCGCUCGUUGCGAUCCGGACGAGAUGGAUUUUAAUACACGAAGACCAGCUGAGCUCCGUCCAGUCAGGAUCCCCUGUCCCGGAAGAUCUUGUGACUCUCGCUCGAGUUGCGAAUGGGUUUGCGUCAAUUGCGACAUUCCUCUUGAGUUUGAGACAGUGACUGACUGCAUCUACUGCGAUUGUGGUUCAGCCGCUUACAACUCAUGGGACUUCAAAUGCAAUAGCGAUAGUCACGGGCACGGUUUUGAUCGAUACCGCUCGGAUGAACUUUAUCGACUCUUGACAAGAUCGAAAACACCUGAUUGCCGCAAUAUCCUGGUUCUGGGACAGACUGGUGUUGGCAAGUCAACUUUCAUCAAUUCUUUCGUCAAUUUCUUGACGUUUGAGAGUUUCGACGAGGCUAAGUCAGCCCGAAAACUAGAGUACAAGGUCCCGUGUUCAUUCUCAGUCAGUCACUGGAACUCGUCAGACCCAGAUCAGGAACUUGAGAACCGGACGAUCCGAGUUGGCUCUGGAGAUGAUGAACACGAUGGUACCACUGGUGAUUCUGCAACACAAAAGACAUCGGUUUAUAGAGUCAUGUAUAAUGAUACCAAGUACCGAAUAAUCGAUACCCCAGGUAUUGGCGACACUCGAGGUCCUGAGAUAGACAACAAGAACAUCAAGGACAUCAUGUACGCUCUGAAAAGAUAUGAAGAGCUUCAUGGAAUCCUGAUCCUAGUAAAGACCAACGAAGCACGCCUCACCCCCACAAUUCAUUUCUGCUUUGAGGAGCUAUUGUCCCAUCUUCAUCGCAGCGCUGUUGCAAACGUCGUCUUUGGAUUCACACAUACCCUCAUCUCCAACUAUGCUCCAGGAGAUGCUCUCGGACCGCUUCAACGCUUCCUGAAAGGUAACACAACUGUUGACCUAACAGUAAGCCACGCAAACUCGUACAGUUUUGACGCCAAAAGCUUUCAUUACCUGGCUGCGUACUUUCAAGGUGUAAGGGGCCAAGAUGAGGGAAGCUCUCGUGAAAGUUGGAAUAGAUCGAGAGCAGAAACUUUGAGGCUACUGUCUUAUAUAGACAACCUCAGACCACAUGAGAUCAGUCAAACGCUCACCAUGGAGGGCGCACGCGAAGCGCUUGGUCAUUUGAUGAUUCCCAUGGUUGAGGUUUCCCAGGAGAUCAGAAAGAAUUUGAGCCUUCUGGAGGAAAGGAUGGCAGAGUUGAAUGAUAUGCGUCUGACGGGAGACGAGCUACGAAAGAGACUUCAUCUAGAAAGGAUUAAAGUUGUUCCUACAAAGCUCGAUAAGCCUCGGACUGUGUGCAAGAACAAGCGCUGCUGCGAGUUCAAGUCCAAUUCCAGUGGCGAGGUUGUCACGUUCUACAGGUCAAUCUGUCACGAAGAUUGCAGGUUACCAGGUGUAACCGAAGAGUGCGUAGGCCAUCCAGAACUCAUCAAAUGUCGGGCGUUCAAGGAGACCAAAGACAAGAGCUGUAGAAGUUGCAAGCAUAGUUGGCAGGAGCACAUGCAUUUCUUCUAUGAACUGACCGAGAGCAAGGUCAGGGUCAAGGAUAAAGACGUUGAGCGACGCCUCCAGGACAACGCAAACGAUAUGGCUCUACGACAAGAGGGUAUAGAGCGAUUUCAACAGCUUGAGAGGGAAUACAGAAGUGAACAGAAACAGCUACGAAAGGCCACGGCGCAGUUUGUUGCAUAUCUGAGACAGCAUUCUGCCAAUGCUUUUAAUGAUGCGACCGAAAAGUACUACGACCAGCUCAUCAAGAUUGAGACGGGCAAGAUCCAGUACGGAAAGGACAACAGAAUAAACGUCGAUAUGAACAAGAGAAAGCUCAAGGAUUUAACAGAUGACAGAGAUAGACAUCUCGAGCUAGUCAAGACAAUCCAGGAAAACAUGCAUGCUCCUCGUGACCAGACGGAGGCGCUUCUAACUUCAGACGGGGUCGAGCAACUCAUCAGGGAUCUAUAUAAUCUUAAGCACUUUGGCAAGAGUUUGAGGAGUCUGAGAGAUGGCAUUACUCAUUACAAGGACCAUGACAAGCAGUCGCAUCAUCGUCAUCGGUCUCGGUCGCGAAGGUCUCGAAGUACUGAGACGCGUGAGGAUGUAAGUGACAGAUCAAGUCGAAGCAACGAUGAGCGUGAGGAAUCGAGACGGAACAGGGGGCUUAUUCGAGGCAUCCAUAAAUUCCUGUCCGAUUUCUAG